AUGAACAUGUUUCAAGUCCGUGAUGCGGGGUCAUCCUGUGAGGAUGCCAACUUCAUCACGGCAGCUUUCGACUCUUCUCUGCCAUUUCUCACCGAGACUGGCAACACAGGCCAAUGGGGAACGAUUCCGUUCUCUCAAAGGAAUGGCUUCUUAGAGGGGACUCAAAACGAUAUCAAACAAUCAGAAAUCUUCCGACUCAGCGGCCAAGGCCAGAGGCGGCGAGUUUUCAUCGCAGAGAUUGAGGAAACACACUCUGGCAAUGAUAUCGUAGACCUUCACUGCCGGAAAGAUGACAAAACGGGUCAAAUGCUCGUCUCAGUGGGCGUUGCGAUGAUUCUCGACGACGAAUUCGCAAGUCAUACACGCUCUGUUGCUGUUCUGGAGCCCCAUAUAGCCGCUGCCGAGAAGAACGGUGGCUUUGUGUUUCUGGACUUUCUUGUCGCAGAUCAUCGCGUACCAUCGACGAAGCGCAAGGGCGUUGGGUUGGCAUUACUAGAGCGUGUCAAGACCUACGCGUAUGAACACGGGAAACAAGCCAUUUUCCUCGAUUGCUGGACCGGAGGUACGGACAAACUAGUCAGGUACUACGAAAGCGCUGGCUUCAGUCCAGUAGCAGACUUUGAGUACCGUAAAAGAAACGGGGAUGUAUGGCCUGGUAGGCUAUUUAGACUUGAUUUGGCACCGAGACUGCCUUGA